AUGAAUAGUACUUCUUGGGAUUAUGGCAAUCCUGCGAUAGGGACACCAUACCUGAAUGCCUACCUUGCCAUCACGGCAUACUCUAUCACCACAACAUCAUCAACGUCAGGGAAUUGUGUCAAACAUGCCAACUCACCGAUCCCAUUGAUUACCGCCUACACAGCCAAUAUCACAUCUCCAUUUGAUUUCUUGAGCUUCUUACCUACGUCUAGUCUAGCAGGGCUAACAGCCACUGAAGGAUUGGAAGGUUGUACUGCUUCAAUACCGCCGUCACAAAGCAUUCCAACGUUCGUGGGAGCUCGAGCAGCAGUCUCAGCGACAGUAGCCUCUCCGGCAACUCCAGCGGAAGGCUCAGCGGCAGUACACUCAGCCGAAAACCUGACUGGGAGCUCAACACCAGGGAGCCGUGGCCAUCCUACGCAAAUUAUCAUACUCUCUGUUGUGUUACCAACCGUCGGAAUCAUGAUACUUCUGUUCUGCUUCAUCAUCGUCCGUAGAUACCGGAACAAACGAAGCCAGGCAGCCGACGCGAUCCAUCCAGAAAAAUCAUCCGACGCGCAACUCUACGUGGAUCAGAAAGCAGAGUUGGAAGAUGAAGAACGGAGGAGGCAUGAACUAGAAGCCGAAAGAACGAGGCAUGAGUUGAACGGGGAAGACACCAUAUUCGAGAUGCCCGAUAACGGCCACUCACGCAUGCAUUCAGCGUCGUCCCAUAGACCCCACGAGCUGAGAGGAGCGGAACAUUCACAAGAACUCGAAGUCCCAAGCAACGUCUGA